AUGCGCCGUGAUUUGUUGGAAAUGUUCCUCGACGACGCAGGUGGCUUUGAGAAGUGCCUGGGGCUGCAGUACGCGAGCCACGACGCCGGAAUCGAUGACAGUAUAAGGAACCCUGACCCCUUGCUCGACCGCACGGGACCUAUUACGGAUAGGCUCUUUGGCUUGAGUCUUGCUGAUGAUUACGACUAUGGAGGUAAACUCGGAGCUAGGAUCAAAACGGGCGGGUUUGCUGGCGAGGCGAUGCCUCAUCCCCAGAUCAGCCUCCAGGAGAGCGUCUUUGGAUUUUCUUGCCGUGGAGAUGGGGUCCUACAGAGAUGUAAUGGCUAUGACCCUGUUGCAUCUGAGGAAAGACGGUCGAAGGUCAAGACCCAAAGCACGACGAUAUACGACGGUAUGGGCCCUCGUUACCUCAUCCUUCCCACCCAGGACGACGUCAAUAUCCACCUCAAGUCAAAGACCCCCUGCGACGUCUUGCAAGACAUCGUGGUCGAGGGUUUCGACGUUGCGCAAAGGGAGAAGCUGCGAUGCAAAAAGCGAAGCUGGGGAAAAUCGGGGCAGCAGAAAUGGGAAGACAUCUUCCGGAUUCUCUUCCCGGACUGCAAUGAGAUACCAGAUCCAUACUACAACCACAACUUCGACGGCGUGGCUCCAGAUCCAGUCACAGCAGGCAAGAAACGCCCGCUUGACGUUGGGAGCGCGUUCACAGACAGGCUUCCGCAAGAGCUGGAGGAAGAUAAACGGAAAAAGGUGAUGCAAGUGGUCGAAACUUUGGUCAUCAAGGUACUCCAACAGCCUCUGGUUGCGAAAGAUACGAAAUCCGGGGAGGCAUUGGUCAAAACGCCCGAGGAUGAGCGAAGCUGCAACGAGCAGCAGACUACCGGAUCGAACGCGAGGUCGAUUUCAAGAGAUUCUUUGUCGCCGACUCAAGCAUUGCGUCCGGCGGCUACUCUUCAGGUAGAGUUCGAUUCUCAAGACCACAGAUCACAAAGUAUCUCGGACGGGGCGCUCAUCGACAUCCCUGAAGAUGAGGGCAACGCCUGGCUUCCCACAGAGUUCUACGACGUCGAUUUUGGCGAUGAGUCGAAUUUGCAAACAUGGCCUGGUUGGAACAGUGCUUUUGUUGAGGGGAAUGGUUACGAGUGGGCUGCUGUUGGUGCCACUGCGUUUCGGGUGCCAUGUUGGAACCAGACUUUGGACUACACACCGGCUCAGGGAGAUGGAAACUUGUCAUAG